AUGCCAUCCGCUAUCGGGAGUGAGGAGGCCGCGCGGUCGUCACAACCGCCAGCGACUGAAACAAGUCCGAGACCGCUCUCCAACCCGAUACCGCCCGCCCGAGAUGCCUUAUCGCAGGCUCGGAGUCAUCACACUGGAUCACAAGCGUUCGGGAGGAUGACAUCGCUGGCUGCGCGCCAGGCCGCCGUUGCACGCCAUUCUCGAGCAGCGGCGCCGAGCACCACCAGCACGCAGGCUGCUGCCGAGGUCUCAGAUCGCAUCCGUUCUGCAGCCAUUGCGCAUUCUAGACCAAGUGCAGCCAGACCGUCUGGCGCAUCGCCGGCUCCUUCUCCAGGGGCAACCCCGAGCCCAUCCCGAGGGCCACAGAGUCGCUCAGACGCUGCCCGAUUGUUUGCAAGCACGCCUUGGAGUGGCUCCUUGACAGCAGAUCUCAGACGACAGCUGGUGAAUCUCAGCACGGAAGCCAUGAGAACGCUCGCACUCGAGACAUCACCAGGUGGAAUUUUACAAACCCGGACACGGUCGGGAAUGCUGGAGGCAAUUUCACGGAAUUUGGAUGCCAAUCCAGGAAGCUUGGCAACCGUCCAGCGUCACCUCGGUCUCGCAUCUUCCUCGCCGUCUCAGCAGGCGCCAACACGAGCUCAUCGGGACGCUGUCAACCCAGCACCCUCCACGGUUGACCUGCAGCGAGCUCGGAAUGUUCUACUUCAAUCAGCCUUGGGUCUGCAACAGCAAUCAGUGCCGCAGGGUCCAUCCACGUUUUUCCAAGCUCUUCAAGCCUCGAGUCGUGCGCCCACACCAGAUCGGCUUGGCUACUUUUCUCAGCAUGCUCCGGUUUAUGGCUUUGAGUCUAAUCCCUUCUAUCCAUGCGUUGCCGAGCGUUGGAGAAACCCACUGUUUGCCGUGCAUUUCGCUGCAGGCGAGGCUGAGGCUAAAGAAGUCGUUCUGGCGCCCCAGAGAACAAGAGAUAUCGAAGCCAUACGAACACUUCACGGCGAUUCAUUUCGAUUCGUGCUGCGAAUUUGUCCACUGCACAAGUCCUACACACACUUUAAAGACGGUCGACUUGUCUUCCACGAUGCGAUGCCGCAAGACUGCGAAAUCGUCCUCAACGACACGGUUAUCAAGCACUCGUGCGAAUCCACUGCUAUCAAACACGAGGCCUUUGAUGUGACCCAGUUUCUGCUCUUGCCGCUGAGCAAACUCAAGCUCCGUGUGUCUUCCUCUCGCUUUCGUUCUCUCUAUGUGGCAUUGCACUUUGUUGAUGUCGUCACUCCUAGCUUGCUCCUGAGCAAGUUUGUGGCAGCUGCUCAAUCGAGUGUGGAAGAGUGUGAACUCAAACUCUCAAAAAUUCUUCAUGCAACCAACGGCGAAGACAUUUCCUCCGUUGAUAACAUCUUGCCUUUAACAUGCCCUAUUUCGAAAACUCGUAUUCGCACAGCGGCUCGGUUUGCCAAUUGCAGUCACAUUCAGUGCUUUGAUUUGGGCAACUUUUUGCAGGUGAUUGAGCACAACGCUCUGCUCAAGUGUCCGAUCUGCAAUAAUCGAGUGCCAGACAGCGUGCAAGAUUAUUUUGUGAUUGAUAAGUUUGUGAGCAAUAUUGCAGCCCAGGCAAACCAAUCGAUCUUGCAAGUUAGAAUUCAACCCGUCGGCAAUCGCGUCCAAUGGGACGCGCUCCUGCCAACCGACGCUUCUCAUCAAUCACCGGCAGCACUCGCUUUCUCUGGAAGCGCUCAAUCCUCUGAGACAAAUGUGAUUGACUUGACCGACAUCGACGACAACGCUCCGGAUGACACGCCCCUGGUCGGAGUCUCAGUUAAGCUGGAAGCGCCCGAUUCUCCAGUCCUCGUCACCGCCAGCAGCCAUCAGCAGUCCACGAGCAGCAACAGCAGUAGCUUGCCUUCGCCGCAAUAUUUUGCGAUGCCGUCCUUCGUUAGCAACCCUGUCGCCGAAACCGCAAUGAGAUCAUCCUCGAACAUACCACCGCCUGCCAUUGCUCCUCGCAGCAUUCAAGGUGGCAUGGAUGUUGGCACCGGUGGUGACCACGACGUUGCCGGGGAAAGUGCAGACAGCGACGAGAACGACAACGAGCUCGGCAACGAUGAUUCUCAGGACGUCCAAUCGCUGAGUUCUGGCAGCGACCUGGACUUGGUUGGCGACUUGCAGAAUCAACUUGAAGAUGACGAUUUCGCUGAAAUGAGUUCGGAAGACGAUCUUUUCGCUGAAGCGAGUUCGGAAGACCAAGACGCGAGUGGCCAGAGCCGACAAAGCUCCAAACGUCCGCAUCUAUCACCCGAAAGUUUCCUAGAGCCUGAAUCGGACGAGGAGACCAAUGAAAAUGGGAGCGACGGCCCAUUUAGCAUGCCUCCGCAUGUGUCAAGAAAACGUGCUCGCCUUGACGAGCAAGACGAGCAAGACAUCGACGAAAAUUGA